AUGUUCGUCACUGAUUUACGGAGCUUUGCUAAUUACGCUGCUGCUGCUUAUUGUAAGGUUCCUCUUGAUAAUUGGGACUGUGGAGAAGUCUGCCAGGCAACUGCGGCUUUCAUAGCCUUGGUUGAAUCACAAAAAUUAAUCGUCAUAUUAUAUAGAGGAACGGUACCAGGAAGUUUUAAAAAUCUCUUUACUGACGCAAACUUUAUAACGAAAGAUUACCAUUCUACAGAUGGUCUUAGGGUACACCGUGGAUUUUAUAAUGCUUUUCUCGAAAUGCAACCCGAUGUUACCGAUGAUGUUGUAAAUUUACACCAAGAAAGACUCGAUUUCAGGAUCGGAUUUAUGGGUCACAGUUUAGGUGGUGCACUUGCUACAUUUUCAGCAUUAGAUUUUGUGCAAAAAGUGCCAGAAUUAGCUAAUAAUGAAACAAUUACCCUAAAAUCAGUAAGAACUAUAGUUCGUGGUGAUCCAAUUCCUCGUUUGCCUCCAGGAAUUCCACUUCCAUUUGUUGGCCUCUAUAAACAUUUUGGCGAAGAAUUAUAUAUAAAUAAUCUUGAUCAAGAUCCAAAUGAAUUUAUUACAUAUAUUGGCGAAGUUACGAUACAAUAA